AUGAAAACCCAAAAAUUCAGUCUUGACAGACUGUCGGAUGAUCUUCUGAUUGAGGUGCUUGUGCGGCUUCCGGUGAAGCAAUUGAUUGGAUGCAAAUUAGUGUCCAAAACCUGGCUCUCGGUAAUUACAAGCCCUACUUUCAUUAAAUCUCAUCUCAAUCGAUCAAUCAAAGCCAAAGGAGAUGAUGAGACUCUAAUCACACGCCUUUUUGUUCGAAAAGAAGUUGAAGAAGAUGAAGAAGAUGAUGGCUUAAAUGAGUACGGCCCAUUUGGACUCGUCAAGCUUGGUGCUGAUGUUGUAGCCGAUCUCAAGUAUCCUUAUUCUCAAGGUGAGUACUUUCUUUUCCAGCCUGCAAAAGCUGUUUUAGUAGCUUCUGAUUGCGGCAUCGCUUGUGUUUCGGUUUUGGUCAGAAUCCCUUAUACAUUUCUAGUCGAAAAUAUGGUAUAUCUUUGGAACCCUGCGACCAAACAAUCUAAACUCAUUCCGUUACAUGAACAUGAUGGUUUUAGAAGGUGUGCUUUUGGCUUUAGCGUUGAUACUAUGGACUUAGAUUGUAAAAUUGUUUGUGUUGCCUCUCAAUAUUGCAAGCCUUUUGGCACAAUUGUCAAGUCUUCCGUCUAUUCUGCAAAAAGCAAUUCUUGGCGAGAGAUUGAGGUUGAACCCACUGAUGUUCCAAACAAGGAGAAGUUCGAUCUAUGCCUCCACGGUUUUAUUCUAUGCAUAGGCGAUGAAGGUAUGAUGGCUUUCGACCUUGAGGCGGAGGUGUUUGUUUGUGGAGUCGAGCUCCCUGAUGUCUUUGGUGAUGGUACCAUCCCCGACUACCUCAUCAAUAUUCUAGCUGUUAUCACCGACUUCAAUGACUCUAUUGCUGUGACUAUUUCUAACUUCUGUGAUACGGACUUUAGCUUGUGGACAUUAGAUGAUGAAGCAUGUCUUCGUGGUGAUGAAGUUGAGGCAUCAUGGACUAAGAUGCUUAGUAUUGAUGUCGGUUUGCCAAUAAGUUCUGUACUCGGCUACUAUAACCAUCGUGAUUUUAUGCUAAAAGAUGAAUCGUGUGAAUGGUUUUUGUACAACUCUGAAGAGGAGAAUUACAGAUAUCCCCUAAUUUAUAUGGAUGCCCGUCAAGUUUUCAAGUAUGCUGAGAGCCUAAUUCCAAUUCCUGGAUCCAAACAAGUCAGGUGGACUGAUCAUGAAGAAGAUAAUUAG